GCUAAGCUGCGUCUUCAGUAACGUCUCGGACUUCACUGUGUACAAAGGACAAUAAGUGGCAAACAAGGCGUUUUGUGAAGCAGAACUUUUAAUAAUAUGCACACAACCGUGAUAAUCACAGGUAAUAAACAUAACUUACUUUUCAGAAGCUUGUUUGCCACUUAAGUUACUGUCCUUUGUAUAUAGCUGGUACAGCAUCUUUUAAGGUCCCCCGGGAAAAUUCCGUUGUGUUGUGACUCACUUCCGUUGUGUUGUGGUUCUAUUUGCAGCGCGUUUUUCUAUUUGCAGCGCCUGUGUUGUAAUUUUGAUGGAUGUGUUUUGUGCUUUUGCAGCGCUUUUCAAUUUGCACUGCGAUUUCUCGUAAAAGAUGCAUGAAAAAACUGUGAUAAAAAAAACAGGGUUAUUCCACUAAAUAUUGAACUCUUAAAUCUUUAUGAAAAUGAACUUUGCAUUAUUUGGUGGAAAUAGAUGAAAGCUUUGCAUCUUUUUUGGAAUUUAUUUGGGAGAAAUGUAGUCUGUAGUUUAUAGAAUAAAACAACAAUGUUCAUUUUACUCAAACAUAAACCUAUAAAUAGCAAAAUCAGAGAAACUGAUUCAGAAACUGAACCUUGCAGAGCCCUCCUAUACCAUGCAGAGCUCCUGGGAAAUCUAUGGGUUAACACAAGCAGAAGCAUACAGAAAGCCGAAAACCUGUUGUCAAUUAAGGCAGUGGCACAUGGACUUUACUACAGGAUGCAGAAGAGCAGUCAGGACAGAGACUCUCUUCUCAGUCCCUGAUGCAGAGAUUAUGUAGAGUUUAUUUUUUAAUUGAUUAUACGGAUAAUUAUAAAUAUAAAACCAAAUUAGGGAUUAUGGUGUAACCCAGUUGUGGACUGCAAGGGGAGACUUUGGGACACCCAGGGAUUAAACACUGGUGAAAGCUGAAGAUCCAGAUGGCGUUCACGCUGCUUUUGAUCAUUACCUGCAUGGCAGGAAUGACUGGGAGCACCUCUGGGACCUGCAGGGGCCCUCACUGCCCAGGACGUCCUGUGGUCCCGUACACGAUUGUCCACCCUCAGCACGGCAGCAGUGUGCGGGAAAACCCUCGGACACUGACGGCAGAGGUGUUUGUGCCGCAGUGCACAGGGAGAGGGUGCCGCUCGCCUGCUAAUGCAACAGAGGGCUGCAGGGGCAUCGGGUGCAGGCUGCCCCCUCUUGGCAUGCGGGUCAAGCCGAGGCAAAGCCCGUGCCCCGGGGAGGGAUGCCCUGUAGGGGUAAGAGGCAGGAGCAGCCAAGGAAUGGUGGUAAAAGCUCAGGACAGAGUAGAGCAUGUGCUCCGGGAUUUUCCAGACCGUGAAGGAUCUCCAUUGGGAAUCCAGCUCACCUGUGAUGUAAAGCCAGGCUCCAACGAGGUGCCGUCUGAGGAUGCCCUGGUUCUACAGCUACGUGUGGCGAAGGGUCAGGAAAAGCUGGUGGAGGAGCUCCAGACCCAGCAGAGCGAGAUUAAACAGCUGCAGAGCAGACUGACCGAGCAACAGGGAACUCUCGUGGCCCAGCAGAAGGAAAUCCUCGAGCAGCAGCGACGGAUGUUUGAGCAGAUGGAUCAAGUCAAGACCCAGUACAACUUGCUCCUGGACAGCGUCAGACACAUGUCCCUCCAGGACCCACACAAAAUCCUCGAGGGCCACCUAGAGAACCUCAGGCCCCAGAUGAGGAGUCACGAGCAGGAAGCUUACACCAUGCACAAGGUGGACAUGGACGCCAGCGUAAUGGAGGUUGGAAGAUCUCUACCAGGCUGCGGGUCCUGUCGAGGUGAUGAGUACUGUGAUUUCAGUGGGGACUGGCCUCGCUGCGAGAAAUGCACUGUCUGUCUUCCGGGUUUCUUCCUGGUGUCCCAGUGUUCUAUUCACGCAGACAGGAUGUGUCAGGACAGAGACGAAUGCCUGGAGAUACAAAACCUUUGUGGAGCUCAGAAUCAGUGCCUCAAUACCCCAGGCGGAUUUAAGUGUACAGGGUUGUCGGUGAAAGACGCAGCAGACGGCGUGUGUGGCCACGCUUACUUCUACAAUUUGGAGUUGCAGGAGUGCCAGGCGUGUUCUGAGUGUGAUUCCCAGAGCGAGGUUUCCCCGUGCACAGCCAUGAGUGACACAGUGUGCACAAGUCCCUCUGAUACUGGCCUGUCCAUCGCUUGGUCUGGGGAUGUUGCUUUGGCUCCAGACGGCGAGUUUCCCAACAUGGAGCUUCACAUCCAGGGCAACAGUGACAGGAGCCUGGUUUCCAGCUCCAGCGGACAGUUGGUGUUCCAUCAGCACGGGCUUGUCUGGGUGGAUCAAAACCUUGCGUUGAGGCACGGCUGCAGGAGUUUUGUUCAGGUGUGCUUGAGGUUAAACGCGAGUGAAGAAGGUGGUCGGGAUUUGAGCGGAAUUCGCGUGGAACAGAGGGAAGGCAAGUCUCUUCAGAGCAUCAGUUUGAGUGCGGCGUCCACCGUGGAGCCGGGUCAGGUGCUGUCUCUGUUUCUGAAGAGCGCCAGCCACCACUGCAACCCUGACAAUGAGAAGGUUCACCUGGAGACCAGCCUGGUGUCGCCCUUUAGCUUGCUCUGGCUCUCCCAUGACACGGGUGCUGUGGCUAUGACAGCUCAAGCGGUCGCCUCGGCACACUUCCAUACCAAUUACCGCCCCACCUUCCGCACCUCUUCCAUCUCUGACCCUUAUAUAGUAAGUCUGACUCACGACAGUCGUGGGGUGCGCUUUACAGAGAGAGGCACGGUGAAAUUUGUCCUCCAGCAGGCUGUGUACUCCAUGGGUCAAGCCUGUGUCUCCGAGGGCUUCUACUUGUCGGCGUUCGUCAACCACAAUGGAAGCAGUGUGGAGCUGACUCGUGUCUUUAAACCUGGUGUUCACUACCGAGACUCAUCCAUAACCCUGUCUUCUGCCGCCCCUGUAGACGCCGGGGACACCCUCAGCUUUGAAAUCCAAGCACCGGCUCAGUGCAACGUCCGCUACUUUGGUGACGACUCUGGAAUUAGCAUGCUCAGUCUCGUGUGGAUCCCUUCCGUCGUAUCAUCCUCUAUAUCAGCCACCAUCUCCAGCAAGGGUCUACCCUUUGGCGCAGUGCGGAAUAAAGCCCUGCUCUUCCGCCGGACAUCCCCGUCAGUGGCACAAGUGGACCUAGCCGGAGCCGGGCACCAUCACCCACACCGAAACUUUAUCUUCAAGGAGGCCGGCACAGCUAGUGUGGCCCUUGACCUGAGGUUGAUCCACUCCUGCAGUCUGAUCAAGCUCAGCUUACUCAAGCAAGCGAAGCACCAGGGAGCGCAGUCCACGGCCCUUGCCCAGCAGGCUGGAGGUCAGAUGCCUGAAGGGAGCGAGUGGGCCACUGUAGGCCUCAGGGUAUCGUUCCCGGUGAAUAACGGCACAGAAGUGUUUGCCACGGUGGACUGUGUGCGCGGACGUCUCAACCAGAUUGCUCAUGAUGUCGGAAGUAGCAUUAGCAUACUCUGGACUGCUGCUUGAAUUGCUUUUUUUUUUUUUUUUUAGAAAUGUGGCCGAGCUUUAGUUAUAUUAGCACACAUCGAUUGUAUUAGCCUUUAUAUAAAAUGAGAGAUAAAGAGAUUAAGUCUAGUCUUGGUCUAUACAGCAUUUUAAAUUAAGAUUAUCCUUUAAAAGAAACUUAAACCUUGUCUAUGUCUACGCUCUAUGCUUAUUUUUUGUUGGAAAACCAACCCUAAAUGUAAUUGCUGUAGUAUUAAGUAACCAGUUAUUGUGUUAUGUCUCUAGCAUCUAUAUAUUUUUUUCCAUGUACAACUCUAAACACAUGUGUAGGUUCACUGGUGGGAUAGUUGGGAUAGUACUGUAUUUUUUGCACUAUAAGGUGCACCAGAUCAGUGAACAUAUAUUUUCUGGUCUAUUUUCAUACAUUUUGUGCACUGGAUUAUAAGGUGCAUUAUGUAUAAUAGUAAAGAACAGGGGUUUUGCCAUAUUUUCCUUCAAACAUUUUCUUUUAAAGUCAAAUGAGUGCUGAAACUGUUAUUUACAGUAAGCUUAGAUUACCAGAUUUCCACUAAGGCUGGGUGCAGCAGCGUUAGCAUUAGCAACUAUUCGCUCGACAGGAUUAGCAUUAGCAACUUGCUGUUUGACAGCACUAUUCUGAGGAACCCUGAGUGUUUUGGAAAGCCAGGGCAAUAUUAGCUAGUGUUUCGUCCCACAUAACUUGUUUUAACAUGGUAAACAUGCAGCCUACAGUCCGAUAUAUUCGCCUCUAAAUAGCCAAAGAUCUAGCGCUUCGUUUAGCAGAUAAUGCUAAUACUGCUCCAGCCUCGGUGCUGGAGAAGCUUCACUUGGUGUAGUUUCCUCUCUUAUUCAGGUAGUUAGCAAUGCUGUAUGAGUUGCCAUAUUAAUACUACUCUUUACAUAUAAUUUAUUUAGUGAUGCUUAUUUAGUGAUGCUUAUUUAGUGAUGCUUAUUUAGUGAAGCUGGUUUAUGUUUUAUGUAAUAUAAACACAAAAAUUACAGGGGUUAGAGGCCUCAUGAUCAAAAAAAUUAUGUUUAUAUC